CUGCGGUGGUGGAGCAGAAGUCCAGGCUCCCUCUCUCUAGGAGAGCUCGGUCCCGGUGCCUCUUUGAUGCUCGGCCUCUUUGUCCAUCCUCUUGGCUCUUGCCUUGAGAAGCCAUGAAGAAUCCGAUAAAGCCGCAGCUAUGCCUGAGAGAUUUGAAAUGGUGUUCAGGAGGCCUUUCUGUCAUCUGUCUACCUACAGCCUGAUUUGGGGCAUGGCAGCAGUGGUGCUGUGCACAGCACAAGUGGAAGUGGUGACCCAGGAUGAAAGAGAGCAGCUGAACACACCUGCUUCCUUAAGAUGUUCUCUGCAAACUUCUCAGGAAGUCUUGAUUGUGACAUGGCAGAAAAAGAAGGCUGCAAGCCCAGAAAACAUGGUCACCUUCAGCAAGAACCAUGGGGUUGUGGUCCAGCCUGCCUAUAAGGACAAGAUAAACAUCACUCAGCUGGGACUCCAGAACUCAACCAUCACCUUUUGGAACACCACCUUGGAGGAUGAAGGGUGUUACAUGUGUCACUUCAAUACCUUUGGUUCUGGGAAGAUCUCAGGAACAGCCUGCCUCACUCUCUAUGUACAGCCCACAGUAUUCCUUCACUACAAACUCUCUGAAGACAACCUAAAUAUCACCUGCUCCGCCACUGCCCGCCCAGCCCCCGUGAUCUCCUGGAAGGUUGCUGGGUCAGGGAUUGAGAAUAGUACUGAGAGUCUCUCACACCCAAAUGGGACCACAUCUGUCACCAGCAUCCUCCAAGUCAAAGACCCCAAGAGUCAGGUGGGGAAGGAGGUGAUCUGCCAGGUGCUGCACCUGGGGACUGUGUCCAACUUCAGGCAAACCGUGAACAAAGGUUAUUGGUUUUCAGUGCCGCUAUUGUUGAGCAUUGUUUCCCUGGUAAUUCUUCUGGUCCUAAUCUCAAUCCUAUUAUACUGGAAACGUCACCGGAAUCAGGAUCGAGUAUUGAGCCACAAUGGGGGAAAAAAAUGGUCCUCCCGUGGACCACUGACAUCGGAUGUUGGAAAUAUUGACAGGAUCUAAAAUAUGCAGAACUUUGCAGAUUCUGGUAAAGAAUUACCUAAGAUGACACACAUAGUGUCGUUUUAGAUUAUGCAGGUGGUGCCAAGAUAAAAUUCUGGGUCUUUUACUUCACUUAUCUACAUGCCUUGUAGGGAAGCCCACAUCCUCCCAGUUUAUAUGCUAGAAAGCCAGAAGCCCUUGAAAAGGCCUCUGUCUAUGAUCAUUCCCAACCUUAUGUUCAACAAGCUAGCACCCAUCGAAAACAAAGCUCAAGGUCUUUUUUUUUUAAUUGAAACAUAAUUGAUUAUAUAUAUUUGUGGGGUACAUAGUUGAAUAUUUAUAUCUGUACAAUGUGUGAUGAUCAAAUCAGGAUAAUUAGCUUGUUCAUCAUUACUCAAAGCCUUAUAAAUAAAAUACAUUUAGAUCAUUUGGAAUUCUUGAACAUGUUUCUUUACUUGUAGUUGUAGGUGAUUCUCCAAACCAUUAUUUCCUGCACUUACCUAUGUCCUUUUAAGGAGAGUCAUAAUUCCCUCACAUCAUUGGGUCAGGAACAUCUACCUCCUUAUUUUUUCCAAUGAAAUUAUGUGUUUCUUAAUCCUUCUGUUAUUUAUAUUAAAUUCUAUUAGGGCAGAAAUUACAAACACCCAAAGUUAAUACCUUGGUCUUUCUUUUAUCAAGAGCCGUAGAGGAAUCACACAGAACCUUGAAAGUUAUUCCCUGGUCUACUUGAAUCUGAUGCAAGAAGAAAGCCGGAGGAAAAAAGACCAUUCUCCAAGGAAACUAAAAGAGCAAAAAAGGUGGGACCAAAAGGAUUAAGAAUCCCACGACUUUCCACUACCGUCUAAGCUACUCACUGUUUGUCUGAGUCCCAAGAGGAAGUCGUUUUACCUCUCAGGUCUGUUGUAGGACUUGGCUCUGUAAAGCAAUGCAGUGUUGCGCUGUUGAAAAGCUACGGACUUAGAAUCAGGAGCACUGAGCUCACUGGCUGAGCUGGGCUCCACUCGUGGGAACUCUGUGUGAGUCACUUUACCUCAAACCUCAUCCGAAGUCUACUGGAGUUGGACCAGAUAAUUUACCAUUCAGCUCUAAAACUUGAUGUAAUUCCAGGAAAAAAAGGAGUAAGCAGAGGGGGGAGAAGUGAAAAAGAGAGAGAAGAAAGAUUACAGAAAGGUCCAAAGAACUUUGCUGAGACGACCUUUUGCCUUUCUUUUGAUGUUACACCUGUUCUUCUCUUGUUCUUAGCUCCAUGAGUGUGUUUUCCAUCAUUUGGUAUCCAGCCCACUACCCGCUUACUGUUUUGUUAAUAGUUGGGCCUCGCUAGAACCCUCGGUUUUGCUGAUUCUUCAUGUACUUCUGUGAGAUUUAUUAUAACAGAAAUAUGACUCAAUUUAUUGUGAAAUAACAUUGGUAACCUUAACUUAUCUAUUUAACUCACUUAUUUUUAUGGCAGGAUAAAUAUUGUUAGUCUUAGAUAAUAGGUCACAUUUUUAAAAAAGCAUGCUUUCCCUGUCUGUUUGUCUCAUAAUACAACCCAGCACUGCUUUAGGUCAUUCUGAAUUCAACCUAAGUAUAAUAGAAAUACAUCAUGAAAAACAGAUAUUUAGCAGACUCCCUGUAUAGCAGUCAGCCGAUUCAUAUGCUUUGUCUCUCCUGGCUUUUUUUCCCAUGACUUAAUUUUUCAUAAUAGCUGAAGAGACAAAGAUGAGCAUAAUAUCCCUCUGUUCUAAAGAUAUUGUUCUAACUAGUGGAACAAUAAUUAAUCUUAAAUAACUGUAAGACUAAAUUAGUGGCUUUUUCGGUAUCUUUUGCUUUGUCUGUCUCUAUCCAGUGACCUAGGAAUUAAAAUGUAAGUUGUUUUCACUGUUGAAUUGGAUAUUUAUAUUUAGCAAACUUUUCAUGUGUUAUUUAAUUCUGUAUUAUUCUUAUAUUUGUAGUAAAAUACUGAACAAUUAAAGUGUCAACUCUAAAUAUUUGGUUUAUAAUAUUCUCUUGAGAAAUGUGGAAGUAAAUGAUAAUCCUUGUA